CUUCAAGAGGUGUGUGCGUGUGUGCGGAUGUUCUCCCUCUCUCUCUCUAAGUGUGAUUUUGUGGGUUUAAUAAAUGCACCAUUCUGUCUACAUGACCAUACAUGUAUAUGUGUAAAUAAAGCGUACAUCGAUCUUGCAAUCCUUUCUUCUUCUUACAUCUUUUCACCAUCACCACCACGAUUGAAGCACGAGAGUAACUCUCACAAAAACGUGUCUUCAAAAAUCGUAUCACGAUAUUAACCAAGUAUUUCACGACAAUCCUACUACAUCACGAACUCAUCUUAUUCAAACUAAAGUACGAAUCAACGAUAUUCACAUCACAUUCAACCUAAAGACUUCACUUUAAACGAUCACGAAAUGUCAUCCCGCGUCUCAUCACGCGCAGACGACGCUUCUUCAUCAUCUUCCACAGCAGAACGAUCAUCCUAUCGUAAACGCCAAUCAACAAAUGGCAAAGGCUGGAAUUCUGCCAACGGAGCAAAUCGGAGCACUUCACAAUCUCCACUAAGUGAAAAUGGACCGGAGAACAAAAGUGAUCCAAUCUGGCAAACAGAUUCAAAUGUGAUUUACGAAGAAGAUGAUAUUCGUCACCGUCCUUCCGUUUCUUCUCCAAAUGGCAAACCAAACAGAGAACGUUCUUCUUCAAUUCCUCAUGCACCUCCAACGUUGGAAGAAGAUAGCUUUUACGAAGAGGAUGAUCCGGUCAAAUCAGAAAAUGUUUUGAGCAAUUGGCAUUUUGCUCCUUUGAUUAUUGCCAUCUUGCCACCUUUGGGUGCCGUAAUUGGAGGUCAAGCAGACGCAUGGAGUGACGCAAUCUUGCUCUUGUUGGCUUCGUUUUGGCUUUAUCAAUUUCUCAAAGUGCCACACGACAUUUAUCAUGCUGCACGUACUCGUCGUAUCCUUCAUGCCGAUUCGGAAUAUCUUGAAGAUGACGUACGCGAAGAUGGCAGUAAGGUCCCUUACGAUGAGACUGUCAGACGGUCACGAGAACGUGCAGCUGCAGCUGCAGAGCUUCGUAGAGCAGAAAUGUUUAGCUUAGCUGCUUUAGUGCUCAGUCCAAUCGCUGGAGCAUAUCUUUUGACAUGGAUGAUGGAAGUGUUCACUGAUGGAAACCGCUAUUUGAACAAGUUCAACAUUCGAUUGUUCAUGUUGGCUUCCGGUAUUAAGCCUUGGUCACACGCUUUGAGCUUGUUCCGUCAAAGACUUUUACAUCUACAAGAAGUGGUCCACUAUCCAUCCUCUCGCGUCGAAACACUCAACCGCAAACUUGCUAGGAUGGAAUCAGAUUUAUCUACAUUACGUAAAUUAGUCGCUACCAAAUCGGAUGUCUCCUUGCUACGUGAAGGAAUUGAUCUUCCUCUUACCCAAUUGAGCAGAUCUAUGCGAAGAUAUGAAAAGAAGGAAGAACAUCUACGCAUGAGCGCAGAGGACAAGUUCAGUUUGGUCGAAAGUCGAUUGGAAGAUUUAUUAAGAGAGGUAGCCAUCAAUGCAGAAUUGAUCGAAGAAGAACGCCGCGAACGACAAAGGGCUGCCUCUUUGCCCGCUUCUAUCUUCCAAGCUUUGCGUUAUGCGUUAGGACAAAGAAGUCAAGAACAAUCGUAUGCCUACGAAGGACAACGCACCUUGAAAGGCCGAUCUUCCUUGGGAAUCACUGCAGGUGGACAAUUUUCGGAUCCUUCAUCUCCUGGGAAGAUCGCGUCAUUGAACUCUUCCCUCUCGUCCACAACUUCUGAACCUGCUUUUUCAUCUCCUCCUCGUUACGGACCAGCUCCACCAACGAAUGGCACGACUACAAUCUCGAAUAAAGCCUCAAGUCAACCAGGCUGGACAGAAGAAGGAUUAGCAUAUUGGUUCUUCUUACCGAUCAAUAUCCCGCGUUCUGUGAUCAGAGGUGCAAUGUCACUUGCUGGCGGUCGGGUGAACAAUCCAAUGCAUGAUCCAAAUUAUGCACAGAAUUUUGCAAAUGCCAUGACAGCAACUGCCAAUUCGAAUAACGCUCAAAAUGGAAAUGCUCAUGGUAACGGUCAUGCUCGCAUCACGUCUAGCACCGUUAAUGGUAAACAGGCUUCUCGCAACAAAUCUUUUGGCGAGCGUCUUGAUGCUCGUCCCGUGGGUGCAAAUCCCGUUCCCGCAACAAGUCACUUCAGCCGUCGAGUUUGAACAGCAUCAAUGUAACUUUCUUUUAUUUAAAUGUUUUUGGAUUUCUCUCUCUCUUCAAGAUCAAGAUGUGUUCAUGAUUUCAAAAAAAGCAAAACUCAAAUUUUUUGCUCGAUACCUAUUCAUCAUUUUUCUAUACCUGGCAAACUCUAUUCUUUUUCAUCAUCUUCAACGACAAUUUUCACGAUUGAGCC